GUUUGAUGCGUGUUUUUGUCCAAUUCUGUGAUUGAAGAUUUGAAUUUUGUUAAGGUCUGGUGGAAGUUCACUACAAUGGCGGCAAGGAAGGCUGGCUUAAUUGCAUUGUUCGAUGUUGAUGGGACUCUCACAGCGCCGAGAAAGGUGGCUACUCCACAGAUGUUAGAGUUCAUGCGGAAACUCCGGAAGGUUAUUACAGUUGGGGUUGUUGGAGGAUCUGACCUUGUUAAGAUAUCAGAGCAGCUUGGAAGUUCAGUUAUUGAUGACUAUGAUUAUGUAUUUUCCGAAAAUGGUCUAGUGGCUCAUAAAGAUGGGAAGCUCAUUGGCACCCAGAGCUUGAAGACAUUUCUUGGAGAAGAAAAGCUGAAGGAAAUUAUUAAUUUCACACUUCAUUAUAUUGCCGACUUGGAUAUCCCAAUAAAAAGGGGAACCUUUAUAGAGUUCCGAAGUGGGAUGCUCAAUGUAUCACCAAUUGGGCGAAACUGCAGCCAGGAAGAGCGUGAUGAGUUUGAAAAGUAUGACAAGAUUCACAACAUACGUCCGAAGAUGGUUUCUGUGCUUCGUGAGAAGUUUGCUCACCUAAACCUGACAUUUUCUAUUGGAGGACAAAUAAGCUUUGAUGUUUUCCCCCAAGGCUGGGACAAGACAUACUGCUUGAGAUACCUUGAUGAUUUUCCUGAAAUCCACUUCUUUGGCGAUAAAACAUACAAGGGAGGAAAUGACCAUGAGAUUUAUGAAUCAGAACGGACUGUGGGUCACACAGUCACCAGCCCUGAUGAUACUGUAGAGCAGUGUGCAGCUCUCUUCCUUGCCAAAUCAAGUUGAAUUCCCCUAGCAUCUGUCAACCGUUUUUCAUCCUUUUAAUCUUUAUUAUAUGCCAUUUGUAAUCUAGAAAUGACAAUAAAUGUGUAUCCAAACUACCAAGUUAUGUGAGUUAUGUCUGUUGUCCUUUCAUUUGAGACUAGGCAAUUUAUGGUGCCCUUGUUUAUUAAAACACUGGCACUACCAUGAUUACUUAUCUGUAUUCAACAUCUAUGUACUCAACAUGUAAGCGCUCAAACAUUUGAGAACUUGGAAAUGGCCCAAGUGAUGAGUCCAUUUUGAUAUCCAAAUUCAGAACUGUUGUGGAAUGAUAUAAGGAGUUCAGGUAUUCUGUAA